AUGGCGCGUCACAAUCGCGCCAAUUCUACCUCAUCGUCUUCCUCUUCUGAGUCGUCUGCGGGAUCUUCUGCUAGAUCGGAAGUGAGUACCCACCUGAGCACACCGCCACCCCGGAUAUCCAGGAAACGUGGAAGAGACGUGUUAGAUGCGUCUGAUAAGAAUGGACGCAAGUCUAAAAAGGCCAGCCCAGUUAGAGCCGAAAAGAAGGCCGAAAAACACAACGUCCUUACGCCGCGGGAGCAGUGCAUCCACGUUGCACGUUGGAUCCCACGCGGACUUGAUAUGUUCUGCGAUCUCAAGCAGACGAUCCAGGUAAGUCUACUUUUGGAGCAAGAAGAAGAAGCCGAGGCCGAGGACGGAGAUGAAGCGGAAGAAGAACACAUCAAGGCUGCCCGCAGUAAGAUCCUGGACGCCUGUGACGAUAUCACUCGUGCACGGUACAAGCGGACGAGAAAAAAACGCGAGGAGCUCGCACAACUCAUUGGCGAGAUGCAAAAUAUGAUUAACCAUACGCGCUCUGAGGACGCAAGUCGUCUCAAGUCUCGCAUGGGCUCAUACGCCGCUCCAAACCCGGGACAAAGAGCUUAUCUCUGGGCAAAUUACUUUGUCCGGUUAGUAUCUGGUCGACUACAUCAAGGAUCCGCAUGGGUUAUCAAACAUAUCUUCACCUCUCCGUCGUCUGCGCUCAAGGCUGGCGUCUCUAGUGGAACUCGCGCUUGCAAUGCAAAGCUCCAUGGGAUGAAAGAAGUUGGGGGCGAGCAUAUCAUCUAUAUUUUACAGGCUCGCUUUGCUAUUAGCUCGCUUGAAAAAUGGAAAGACCACGAUGGUCUUUUCUAUUACACUAACUUCUAUACUAGGAUUGUAAAUCUUAUUCGGGGGAGGAAGGACGAGGGGUGGGUCAACUCCCUGCUAGGACAUUAUAACGAAGUGUUCCGAGACGACGAUAUGAUUGCAAUGGAACGGCAACUCGCCGCACGUGCUGCUUCCAGAUCCUCAGACAAAUCAUCUGCACCAUCUUCGGCACUCGAUAAUCAACAAGAGUCGCAUGGCAAGUCCGUCCCUCCCCCUGAUAGUUUGCCUCCAUAUCCUCCAGUGGCGCGCUUCCCUACCCCCGAUCCUCCUGUCGACUCGCGCAAGGCGCAAGAAGUCUUACCUGCACGCCCCCCUACUCCCAAUCCUCCUGAUAACUCACACAAGCGCAAGCAAGUCUCCGCAUCAGCCCUUUUCGAUGAUAACAGCCCUCUUACUGAAGAAGAUGAAGAGAUCACUCGACCUACUAAGCGCAAACGAAAGAAUGCUGCUGUUCCACCGAAGAAGACUCCGAAACGCAAGGCAAGCAAGAAAUAG